AUGGAUAAAGUAAUAUGGAGUCAUUUCCAUGGUAACCUCGAUCCACAAUCUAACACCUCCAAGCCAGUAAACGAGCAUUCUCUGUUCGCCGUUGCUAGUCUUUCUAAAGUUUUUACGCGCGAGGCGCCAUGUUAUCCAGACACUGCAGAAGACAUUUGCCCAUAUAACAACUCUGUCAUUCUCAAACGAUUGAAAGAUAUUUCUCUGUUGUGGGCACCUGGUUUGAAGCCUUCAUACAGUAAUCUUGGAUUUGCUCUCCUUGGUAAUGGAUUAGCUUCAAAUCUUAAUAUGAGCUACCAGAAGUGGAUGAAGGAAAAUCUCUUUGAGCCUCUGGGAAUGAGUAACUCAACUUUUGAACCAGUCUCGAACCAAAGAAUCCAAAACAAUAUUAUAAUUGGUUACGAUUACAUGCCAAGAAAGCCGAAGAACUGGGGAUGGCUUGAUCCUUCUGGCGGGCUUUUCACUUCCKUGUCCGACCUUGCCAAGCUUGAGAUMGAUCUCUUCAAGUCUCUUGACAAAAAAGGAUUUUUGUCACCAGUUUACGCAAACGAAUUUUUUUCCCCAGCGUAUAUGCUUUCAGACGAAAAGAGCUUAGUCGGUAUGCCAUGGGAAAUGUUUUUCAAUGAUGGAUACCUUUURCGAAUAAAGAAUGGCCAUAUAUUUGGCUACCACUCCUACAUCUUUGCUGUACCUGAACUAAAACUCGCAUUCAAUGUCUUGUUCACUGGUUAUACAGGCAAAGUUCAAAGUCUUUUUACGAAAUUGGUAAAUGCUUUCAACAGUGUUCUAAAAGAAAAUUCAACCAUGAGCUCGGUUCCUCGGAAUGUACAUUCUUUUAUUGGCGUCUAUAAGCCCAAGUCUGAUGAAGAUAGCGUACCUGGCCUCAGCCUAGCCGAAGUAACUAACAGCAAUGAUAAAAUCUAUUUAACAUUCACUAUUUAUGGCAAUGGUAAUCAGUUUGAACUAAACUAUCUCUACAAUACCACCUUUGAAAUAUGGGAUCGGCCAAUGCGGCCUUGCUUGGAAAUUUUCGUUCGUGGGUUUGAUAUGGAACGAGUGUAUUUUGAACCAAUCGAUAAAAACAGUCAUUUAUCUGGAGGAUUUAAAAUAUAUGGAAUUCAUCCCCGUGGUUGGACUUACUUCACGCGAAAUUCAACUGACAUGAUAAUCUGACUGUUAUAUAAUAUAUACAUAUAGUGUCUCACUGGCGAAUUGGAUCGAGUAUUUUUGAUAAAGGACUGAAGAUCAUGCUCUUCCGAUGGCAGAGCGAAAUUCUCUCAGUUAGGGGACUCUUUUAUAAGGAAAACGUCUGUUGUACUGGCUGAAUUAGAGGCUAGGACCUCUGACCUCUUUCAACGCCUUUGGUAACGUUAGCAACUAUAAUACUGGUCCUGAAGCUCAGGAGUAUCUCACCGCCAAACCGAAUCAGCUAUGAAGUACUGAACGGGUUGGAUUCAGCACUCAAGUUUAGCGCUGUUGAGUUUAAGGGGACUGUUCAUUAUUUUUUUCUGUGUAUCUCCAAUUUCGUUCCCAAAUUCCACAAAUAUUUUAAGGCCCUCAAGGUAAAUAGUAAACGGUCCUAAAUCCAACUCGACCGCAGAGACAGAUUCUCGAAGAGGCUGUGUACAAGACGUUAAUUCACACGUCGUUUUGACCUCAUUAUUCUCAUACGGCUGUUUUGAUCUUAUUAUUUUUAUUUUGUAAGUUCAGGGGUAAGUGACAGGCAACUUGAUUAUUGAGUCACCUCUCUUGUUCACUUUUACCCCCACCCCCAUCCCCCCCGGGACCCCCAUACAUGUUCCACCUCUUGACAAGACUGAAACAGCUACUUGCUCAAUGUAUUGAGCAACAGGCUUUAAUUAGUAUUCUAGUUAGCAUACGAAAUAUAUAUAUAUAUAUUGUAGGGCCUAAUGAUUUGUAUGCCAAAUAAUAGUAAAAUCGCUAGAAUUAAAUUCAAAUGCAUCGCCGUUUUAGAAUCGAAGCUGAUUUCGCAUGACUUUACCACAGUAAGGAUUACCGUGCCGUGACCUCACUGUGUUCGUGACGUUUGCGUGUCCGAGAAUAUUCAUUGRCGGAGUUAUGCCUCAUGGACAACAUACGAAAUCUGCUGUAGAAGCAGUUGCCCGAUCAUCUUUUAUAUAUAUUACAGUGCAAGCCAAGGCAACUGUGAUUAAGGUAAAGGCAUCCGAUGUAUACUUACGUAUACUCGUAGAUGGAUGUUACUUGCCUUGAUAUUGCAAAUUAAGCUAUAACCUUCGAUAUAGCAAUAUAUUGAAAUACCCUAAUUCUGGCGCGCAGUCAUACCAGAAUUUGAAAGAUAUAUCGAAGGUCGUUUAACUUUUGAAUAAUUAUAUUAUUCAUGCCAUUUUAGAAGUAACCCACGCCUUUGCUCCGAAGCCAGGAUAGAGUUGGCUUAUAGUUUGUAAAUACUUGUACAUCAGGGCCAGGUUGUACGUAGGGUGGAUAGCGCUACCUGACGGACAAAUCCUUUAAUAUCCAGUGGAUAAGUCGAUGCCGCUAUCCAAUAAAUUUAUCCACUGGAUAAGAUUUAUCCGUCGGAUAGCGCUAUCCACCCUUCGUACAACCAGACCCAGAAAUAUGCAUGGUCUGUGUUAGACUAUAUCGCUGCCAUUUUGAUUUACUUUUGUAUAUAUGAUCGAAAAAUAGGAGCUAUAUACUAGCACAAAUGAAUCCACCGUCUGCAAUAAAUCAGUUUUUUUGUGUUAAUAA